AAAACUCACACUCAUUCGGCUGCUUCUGAUUAGAUUGUGAAAUAAUAGAAGUAAAUAAAUUGUAAAAAGCAAACACACAGGCACACGUGCAGUACAAACAUGCAGAAAAUGUUGAGCCGAUUGCAGGCUCACGUCCUACGUCCAAACAUCACAUCGAUGGCGUUCGCUCUGCGCCAGAGCUCGACAGGUGCAGCGGCGGCAAAGCCAGCGGCCACAUCAAAAGAAUUUCGUGAGCGCCAGGUACGUUUCAAUAUUAAGAACGAGCAAACAGAAGGGCGGCCCUUAUAUUUGGAUGCACAGGCCACAACGCCAAUGGAUCCGCGCGUCCUAGACGCAAUGCUUCCCUAUUUGACCAAUUGCUUUGGUAAUCCACAUUCGCGCACACAUGCCUAUGGAUGGGAGUCAGAGCAGGCUGUGGAAGUGGCACGCGAACAGGUGGCCAAACUAAUUGGCGCCGAUCCCAAGGAGAUUAUUUUCACAUCAGGCGCCACCGAAUCGAAUAACAUAGCAGUUAAGGGCGUAGCUCGAUUCUAUGGAACCAACAAAAAACAUGUGAUCACCACCCAGACGGAGCACAAGUGCGUGCUGGACUCGUGCCGAGCACUGGAAAACGAGGGCUACCGGGUCACCUAUUUACCUGUGCAGGCCAAUGGCAUCGUUGAGCUGAAGCAGCUGGAGGAGGCAAUGACGCCGGACACAUCACUCGUUUCCAUUAUGACGGUCAAUAACGAGAUCGGAGUGAAGCAACCCAUUCAGGAGAUCGGCAAGCUAUGUCGCUCACGCAAAGUAUUCUUUCACACGGACGCGGCGCAAGCUGUGGGCAAAAUACCCAUCGAUGUGAAUGCCAUGAACAUUGAUCUGAUGUCGAUAUCGGGCCAUAAGAUCUAUGGGCCCAAGGGCGUCGGUGCCUUAUAUGUGCGACGCCGGCCGCGUGUGCGUCUCGAGCCCAUUCAGAGUGGAGGUGGUCAGGAGAGGGGCUUGCGCAGUGGCACCGUGCCCGCUCCCUUGGCCGUGGGUCUGGGCGCUGCGGCUGAACUGGCAUUGCAGGAGAUGGAGUACGACAAGAAGUGGAUCGACUAUCUCUCGAAGCGCCUGCUGGACACCAUAACGAACGCUCUACCGCAUGUGAUACGCAACGGCGAUCCGGUGCACACCUACAGCGGUUGCCUCAACCUGUCCUUCGCCUACGUCGAGGGUGAAUCGUUGCUAAUGGCCCUCAAGGAUGUGGCGCUGAGCAGCGGCUCGGCCUGCACCUCAGCCUCGCUGGAACCGUCGUAUGUACUGCGCGCCAUUGGCACCGAUGAGGAUCUGGCGCACAGCUCCAUACGCUUUGGCAUUGGACGCUUCACCACCGUCGAGGAGGUGGACUACACGGCCAACAAGUGCAUCAAGCACGUGGAGCGACUGCGUGAAAUGUCUCCCCUCUGGGAGAUGGUACAGGAGGGCAUCGACCUAAAGACCAUCCAAUGGUCCCAGCACUAGUUACCCACAUCCAUCACAAUUGAUAUUGUUGCAACCAACCCAAGCAAAUAAUUGAAAUGCAUUGCAUGUUCAACGUAAAUAGAAUGUAAAUG